CAUGUUAUCACGAACGAUCUGGAGGACUCUCCUAGAGUUUCGCUCACAAUUACCGCCGACCUUCCUCCUCCCAUGGACCGCGAACCUGAGCACAGUCUCGCAUUCGACAGACGCUCCCAGCGAACCGCCUCCGACCACGCAAGGCUCUAGUUCGUACGUGCCCGUACCUACACAAAGACUGCCAUCGAGACCGGAACAUGGCAAGAAACUCGGUUCAUCAAAUGGCCAGGAAGCAUCGAAUGCAUCUCUUGACAAGCAACGACAGUCUCUCGGACAAAGUCUAGAACGAGGCGAGGCAUCUCCAAAAUUGCCCUCACCUUCCAGUGGACAACCGCCUUUGAUACUCUCACGCUCCGUUCGCGAUCUUCUACCAAUACUGCAAGCGCAGAGUCCGCACUAUAUUACAGCUCAUAUCCAUGGGUUCCCAUACCUCCUUACCGAGGGCGAUACGCUUCGCUUACCAUUCCUCAUGAAAGGCGUCGAACCAGGCGAUGUCAUUCGCCUCAACCGUGCCAUUAAUCUUGGAAGCAGAGAUCUCACACUGAAAGCACCCGCACCGGGUGACAAGAUAAAAAGUCCUGCCACUUCCUCAAAACACGUUAUAGAUCCCACCACAGGAUCACUGACGACCCAUUCAAAUGUCAUGCCCAAGGGAGCAAUGGCACCGCACUUCAUUCCUCACAUUGCAAAAGGCAAGCACUCCUACAUCGACGACAGGUUGUUCGUAUGCAGAGCUGUGGUGAUGGGUGUGGAAAGUGAGCCAAUGAGAAUCAAGGAGAAGACGAAGCAAAGACAGAGGCACGUGAGAAAGGUGAAGAGCAAGCACAGAUACACCAUCUUGAAGAUCAAAGAGCUCAGAGUGAGGAGCGUGGACGAGAUUGGAGGGAACCGCAUCGAGGAGUGAGCUAAGCUUGGACAUUUGCUCCAACUCAUGCAGAUACAAGCUGCUCUCACUGUGGCUCCGCCGUCAUCAUCUGCUGAUCCUCUAUCGUCCGAGCAUUGAGCAGGACUUUGCUGGAGGAUUCUCGGGAUGUUUCAUGCUGUGAACAAGAAUCACGAGCAUGGACCCUUUUCGGAGUCCGAACUCCGCAACGCAACCGCUGGCAACGAAAGGAAGCAGGAGGAACGGCUGUUGCGAAUGUCCGCCACAUUGGCGCGUCUACUCAUCAAACCAUCGAUCAACCGGCAAAAGUGCCAGGUUCCCCGGAGGACACCUCGAAGAGUGUUCGAACAUCGAGCACUUGCCUGCGAACAGAUUAGUCAAUGGCACCAAUCGCUGUAGCAACAAUCUAGAGAAUUCAGACUCGAAAUUGAACACAUUCCAGAUC